AUGCUCUUUUUCAAGAUAUUUUUUGAAAAUCCGUUGCAGCUGAUCCGAGGGGAGGUGGAGGUUCGUGACGUGAACGAUAACUCCCCUGUGUUUCCGGAGAAGGAAAUGGUUUUAGAGAUUGUGGAAACGACAUCUCUUGGGUCCCGUUUCCCUCUGGAAAGCGCCCAGGACAAGGACGUGGGUAGUAACGGUUUGCAGAACUACAGCCUCGGGUCGAAUUCUCACUUCUCCCUCGCUCUCGAGACAGGGAAAGGUGGAGCAAAAUAUGUGGAGCUUGUCCUAGAGCGACAGCUGGACCGUGAAGAGCAGCAAGAGAUGAAUUUACUGCUCACCGCCACCGACGGGGGCUUGCCACCCAGGUCUGGCACGGCUCAGGUCCGGAUCGUGGUGGUGGAUGCCAAUGACAACACCCCAGUCUUUGGUCGGGAGGUCUAUGAGGUGCGCCUGGCCGAAAACAGUCCCCUGGAGCAGCUAGUGGUCAGAGUCAUGGCUGCUGAUCCCGACGAAGGGUCCUACGGUAAAGUGCGGUAUUCCUUCACUCAGACAUCGGAGCGGUCCCGGCAGCUUUUUGAGCUGAAUCCUGCCACUGGGGAGAUACGGCUGGCAGGCAGCCUGGACUUCGAGGAAACGAAAAACCACGAGAUGGUGGUGAAAGCCACCGACGGCGGGGGGCUGUCUGCGCAUUGCAAAGUGCAGGUGGAGGUCCUAGAUGUGAACGACAACGCCCCGGAGAUAGCCCUCACCUCCCUCACCGCCUCUAUUCCAGAGGAUGCCCCGCCCCGGACCGUGGUGGCUCUCUUCAGUGUGCGGGACCAGGACACUGGGGACAAUGGCAGGACAGAGUGCACCAUCGAGGGGGCCUUGCCCUUCAGUCUCACCCCCACAUUUGAUAAUUACUACGAACUGCGAACAAACACGCCUCUGGACAGAGAGAGGACAGCAGAGUACAACAUCACCAUCACAGCCGUGGACUGGGGCACGGUCCGGCUGAGCUCUUGGAAAAGUAUCAUUGUGCAGAUAUCAGAUGUGAAUGACAAUCCCCCAAAGUUUACCCAGGAAGUUUACACCAUGUCAGUCCUGGAGAACAAUAGCCCUAUGUUCCGGAUCGGCCAAGUGAAUGCCACGGAUGCUGAUGCGGGAAAAAAUGCCCGCAUAAACUACGCUCUGGUGCGGCAAGAGGGUAAGGAGCAGCCUGAUGUAUCGAUCAAUUCUGAAAAUGGGGAAGUUUACAUCCUCCGCCCGAUGGACUAUGAGGAGAUGGCCUUUGAGGUGGAGGUGCGUGCAGCCGACAGAGGUAUGCCACCGCUCAGUGCCCAGGCAGUGCUACGUGUGGUGGUACGGGAUGAGAACGACAAUGUGCCCAUUGUGCUGCACCCACCUUCUGACAGUAACACAGGAGUGAGUGAACUGGUGCCACGCUGGGCACGAGCAGACUACCUGGUAGCCAAGGUGGUGGCGGUGGACGCGGACGCAGGGCAAAACGCAUGGCUGUCAUACGAGCUGGCCAAAGCAACAGAGCCGGGGCUGUUCCGUGUGGUGCUGCACAGCGGUGAGGUGCGCACGGCGCGGGCUGUGACAGAGCGUGACGCUCCCAGGCAGAAGCUUAUUGUGCUGGUGCGAGACCGUGGGCAACCAUCACACUCUGCCACUGCCACCCUUGGCGUCAUCCUGGUGGACGGCUUCUCUGAUGCCCAUUUGAGGGUGAAGGAGGAGGCACUGACCACUGAGCCUGAUGAGCUGUUGACCCUGUACCUCAUCGUCUGCUUGGCUUGUGUGUCCGUGCUAUUCUUGGCCACUACAGUGGCUGCUGUGGUGGUGAAGGUGCGGCAGACCAGGCGGCGAGAAGCGGAGACCUUGCCUACAUUCCCAAAGGCUGCCCCAGAGAGCGCCGUGGGCUCCCUGCCCCGCAGCUAUGUGUAUGACGUCUGCUUCUCCACUGGGACCGUCGACAGCGAGUUUCGGUUCCUUAGGCCCCUCUUCCCCUGCUUUCCGGCCGGGCUGCCUCCUGGCCCAAGUGAACAGAGGAACUCAGUGUGCUCACAAGAGGCAGCCAACCUUGGGGAAGAAGGCAACUGGACUGUACAGGUGCUGGUGCUGGAUGCUGUGAAGUGCAUCCUAGUGAAGGAUGAUGGCAGUGCUGAACUUGAGAUGUGUUACAAGCUACUGGAGGCAAUGAAAGUGGGAACCUUGGCUAUUAAAUUCACUUACAGUUUUGUGGUUUCGAUGAAGGUCUUUGCACUAGGAAAUAUCCGCGUCCUUCUGCAGAUCGGCCGCCUGGUGCCGCUGCUGACCGCAGAGGCUCCGCGCAGCUCCCGGAACCACCGCCCCCGGGACUGCGGGGCUGCACCAUUCCGGGAGAAGAGAUCGGCUCGCUGGGAAGGAAUGGAGGAACAGUUCCCAGGGCGUGGGGUGGCCAUGAUCCUGCUCCUCUGUGUGUCGGGGAUGAGAGCAGAAACUGCUCGGUAUUCUGUGCCCGAAGAGGUGGAGAGAGGUUUCUUUGUGACGAAUAUUGCUAAGGAGUUGGGACUAACUGGUGAGGAAUUAUCGGCUCGACAAGCUCGUCUCGUUCCUGAAGGAGAAAAGCAGUAUUUACAGCUGAACGAACACACGGGGGAUUUGCUGGUGAGAGAGCAGAUGGACCGGGAGGAACUGUGCGGACAGAGCGAGCCCUGCCUGGUGCGUUUCGAAGUGCUGCUGGAGAGCCCGCUGCAGUCCGUCCGAGCUGAGGUAAGCCUCACUGACAUAAACGAUCAUGCUCCCGUGUUCUUAAAUAAAGAGAUAGUUUUAAAGAUCCCGGAAACUGCAAUGCCGGAGGCUCGUUUUUUGCUGGAAAGCGCUCAAGAUCCGGAUGUGGGGAACAAUAGUCUCCAGUAUUACAGUAUCAGCUCGAAUGACUACUUCCGUAUCUACACACGGAGGCGGAGUGAUGGCACGAAGUACGCAGAGCUGGUGUUGGACCGAGCCCUAGACCGCGAGCAGCAGGCAGAAGUGACUUUCAGUGUCAUGGCUGUGGAUGGGGGGUCUCCACCGCGCUCUGGCACAGCCUUAAUCCGUGUGGUAGUCCUGGAUACGAAUGACAACAUCCCGGUAUUUACCCGUAGUCUGUACAAAGUCCGAGUCUUAGAAAAUAGCCCCAGGGAUACGUUAGUGGUGGCGGUGUCUGCUACAGAUUUAGACUCAGGAACGAACGGGGAAAUAACCUAUUCCAUAGUUCAAAAUUCAGACGAAAACCUCCAGACGUUUAAAAUCGAUCCCGAAACAGGGCAGAUUAAACUCAAAAAGACAGUGGAUUAUGAAGAAAGAAGGACCUAUGAGAUAGACGUCCAGGCCAUGGAUGGAGGGGGCCUCUCAACUCACUGUAAGGUGGAGGUGCAGGUGGGGGACGUGAACGACAAUGCCCCCGAGGUGAUCAUCACCUCCCUCACCAGAACCCUCUCCGAAGCCCCCCCGCCGAAGACUGUGGUGGCCCUCUUCAAUGUGAAAGACCGGGACUCAGGGGAAAAUGGCAGGACGAGCUGCGAGCUGACGGGUGAGCAGCCCUUCAGCAUCAGUCCGCUGGAGACCGACGCGUACGCGCUGGUGACGUCGGAGGCGCUGGAUCGGGAGGAGGUGGCAGAGUACAACAUCACGGUGCGGGCUCGCGACGGGGGGUCCCCCGCGCUCUCGGCAUCCAAGACGCUGCUCGUGCGGCUCUUGGAUGUAAACGACAACGCGCCUAACUUUACCCAG